AUGGGUUCCAAUAGUAAUUACCAUGAAGUCACUUAUCAAGAAUUCAAGGCAAAUUUAUUGGAUAAAGGAUUGGUUCGAGAAUUGAAUGUAAUCAACAAUAGUUAUGUGCAAGUUCAUCUUUUACCUGAAGCAAGAUCUUUUUUAGCAGAAGAUCCCAAUACAGUGUACUAUUUCAGUAUAGGCUCGGUCGAAAAUUUUGAACGACAAUUAGAAAAAACCCAAGAUAAGCUGGGUAUACCUGAUAGCGAGAGAAUUCCUGUUUCAUAUCAUCGAGAGGGGAAUUUGACUAACGCACUGGUUCAGUUGGUACCUACACUCAUGUUGAUUGGCUUCUUUGUCUAUAUGGGUCGUCGAGCGGGUGGAGGUAUGGGUGGCCAAGGUGGAAUCUUUGGUAUAGGGAAAAGCAAAGCCAAAUUAUUUAAUAAGGAAACCGAUGUUCAAAUCAAGUUCAAGGAUGUUGCGGGUGCAGAUGAAGCUAAAGAAGAAAUUAUGGAGUUUGUUAAAUUUCUAAAAGACCCACAGCGCUUUGAAAGAUUGGGCGCUACCAUCCCCAAAGGUGCCAUCUUAUCAGGACCUCCUGGUACUGGUAAAACAUUGAUGGCAAAGGCAACUGCCGGUGAAGCCAAUGUGCCUUUUCUCAGUGUCUCGGGUUCAGAGUUUAUAGAAAUGUUUGUAGGUGUAGGAUCCUCUCGUGUGAGAGAUCUGUUUGAGACGGCCAAGAAAAAUGCUCCUUGCAUUAUCUUUAUUGACGAAAUUGAUGCUAUUGGUAAAGCCAGAGGAAAAGGAGGUCAUUUUACCGGUGGUAAUGAUGAAAGAGAAAGCACGCUGAAUCAACUCUUGGUGGAACUAGAUGGAUUUAAUUCAAGUGAUCAUGUUGUUGUAUUAGCAGGUACAAACAGACCUGAUGUCUUGGACCCUGCAUUAUUACGCCCUGGAAGAUUUGACAGACAUAUUGUGAUUGAUAAACCUGAUAUCAUUGGUCGUGCUGAUAUCUUUAAGGUUCAUCUAAAACCUAUCAAGCUUAACCCUAAAUUAGAUGUACCUGCUUUAGCCCAUAAAUUAGCUUCAUUGACAGGUGGUUUUGCAGGUGCAGAUAUUCAUAACGUUUGUAACGAAGCUGCUUUAAUUGCUGCACGUAAUGGGAAAGAUAAUGUCAACGAGAUUGAUUUUGAAGCAGCUAUUGAGCGCGUGAUUGCCGGUAUUGAAAAGAAGUCGCGUGUACUCUCUCCUGAAGAGAAGAAGACGGUAGCUUAUCAUGAAGCAGGUCAUGCUGUAGCAGGUUGGUAUCUUAAAUACGCUGAGCCUUUAAUCAAAGUUUCGAUUAUUCCACGUGGUAGCAGUGCCUUAGGUUAUGCUCAGUAUUUGCCUAAGGAUCAAUAUCUAUACUCAAAACUUCAAUUGAUGGAUCGCAUGUGUGUCGCAUUAGGAGGCAGAGUAUCUGAGAGCAUGUUUUUCGAGUCUAUCACAACAGGCGCUCAAAACGAUUUACAGAAAGUGACCAAGAUGGCUUAUUCACAAGUCAGUAUCUUUGGUAUGAAUCCAACCAUUGGACCCAUGUCCUAUCAACAAGACAGUAACGAACCUCAGUUCCAGAAACCUUAUUCAGAGAAAACGGGUUCCUUAAUUGAUGAUGAGGCAAGAAGCUUGGUGACAGAAGCGCUCGAUAGAACCACCAAAUUAUUAACCGAGAAGAAGUCUGAUAUUGAAAAAGUCGCCCAAUUGCUCAUGACCAAGGAGAUUCUGACUAAGCAAGAUAUGGAAAAACUUUUAGGCAAGAGACCUUAUGAAACUGAAAUGUCACCAAUAGAAAAAGCAAUCAAAGAGAAUGAAGAUAAAGAAUAA